AUCUUUUUCACGACCGUCAACAUGGAAAUCAAAUACCAACGAGUGGAAGGGAAGAAGGAUAACCUUGGAAUGCCAUGCUACGAACAUCGAUUUGAUGGGUUGGUCAUUUCAAGCGAUAGCACAUUGAUAGAUAUGGACUUCGUCAUAAAGUCUCUCAAGCAGUCUUACUGGGCAGGCACUCGACCUGAAGCAGUUGUACGUCGCGCCUGGGCGCAUUCGAUAGGAAUGGGCAUUUAUGACGAGAAGACAGGAGCUCAGGUGGCCAUGAUGCGAGUUGUCACCGAUUUUGCUGUCUAUGCACAUGCUUUCGACGUGUGGGUUGAUCCAAAUCAUCGAGGCAAAGGAUACUCCAAGGUCAUGAUGUCGUUCUUCACAUCCUACCCGGAAUUGAAAAGUGUCAUUCGAAUACAACUGACAACAUCCGACGCACAUACUCUCUACAGCCAAUUUGGGUUUGGCCACCUUAAACAUCCCGAGCGAUUUUUAGAAGUGUGGAGAGAUGCAGAUACCUCUGCCAAACCAGAUAUUGGAAUAUAAGCGGAUAUUUAUUCUAAUGUUAAAUGUGUACAGUGAUAUCCACAGAGCGUACUAAUAAAAUGUCAAGUCAAG